AUGAACGGGACUGUGAUCCCGCACACGCCCAUCGCUGUGGACUUCUGGAGCCUGCGCCGGGCGGGCUCCGCGCGCCUGUUCUUCUUGUCCCACAUGCACUCGGACCACACUGUGGGCCUGAACAGCACCUGGGCGCGGCCCCUCUACUGCUCCCCAGUCACCGCCCACCUUUUACAUCGCCGCCUGCAGGUAUCUAAGCAGUGGAUCCGGGCCCUGGAGGUUGGUGAGAGCCAUGUACUGCCUCUAGAUGAAUUUGGGCAAGAGACCAUGACAGUAACCCUCAUCGAUGCGAACCACUGCCCUGGAUCUGUCAUGUUUCUGUUUGAAGGAUACUUUGGAACAAUUCUCUACACAGGUGAUUUUCGAUAUACACCAUCCAUGCUAAAGGAGCCGGUCCUGAGUCUGGGGAAGCAGAUCCAUACCUUAUACCUAGACAACACCAACUGCAAUCCAGCCUUGGUUCUUCCUUCCCAAGAAGAAGCUACUCGUCAGAUUAUCGAGCUCAUUCGAAAAUACCCACAGCAUGAUAUAAAGAUUGGACUGUACAGCCUGGGAAAGGAGUCCUUGUUGGAACAACUCGCCCUGGAGUUUCGGACAUGGGUGGUGUUGAGUCCUCGGCGCCUGGAGUUGGUACAGCUGCUGGGUUUGGCAGAUGUGUUCACAGUGGAGGAGAAUGCCGGCCGCAUCCAUGCUGUGGACCAUGCAGACAUCAGAUAUUCCACCAUGGAAUACUGGAACCAGACCCACCCCACCAUUGCUAUCCUUCCCACAAGCCGGCAGAUCCACAGCUCCCACCCUGAUAUCCACAUCAUCCCGUACUCGGACCAUUCCUCCUACUCUGAGCUCCGUGCCUUUGUAGCAGCACUGAAGCCUUGCCAAGUGAUACCAAUUGUCAGUAGACAGCCUUGUAGGCACUACUUUCAUGACAGCCUGAGCCCGAGGCUCUCUCUGCCCCGGAUUCCAGACUCUGUGCAACAGUAUAUGAGAUCUUCCUAUAGAAAACAGAGCUUCCUCAGGCCACUGGAAGAGAGGCUAAAAAAGCCUAAAAGCCAGGGUGUUGUGUUCGAAUCCCUUGAGAAAGAUGCUGAUCAGUGUCAACCUGACAAGGACUCGAAGAUAGUCAAGAAAGAGAACCUUUCUCUUUGUCCUAGGGGCCUUGAGAAGCAGCCCUUGCCAGACAUCCACAGCAAAGAACGGGAUGUGCCAGACCUUGUCUCUGCAUCUCAGGGGAUGGUUGCUGUGGUGACUGCCCCCUUAGGCCUGUCAUUGCCAUUAAAGGCUACAGAUAAGAUGUUUCUCUCUUCAAAAAUUAGAGAAGAAAUAGGUUUAGGACCCCCCAUGGUACCCAAUGGAAUCAGCCUUUGUCCAGCAACUCCAGGGAAGCAGAAUGCUUGCACGGACCAGGAUGCUGCCCUGUCUCCCGGCGGCACAACUGCCCCUCUUCUGACUACUGAGUUCAGGGGUCUGGCACUAAAAUACCUCCUGACUCCAGUGAACUUUUUCCAGGCAGAGUUCUGUUCGAAGAGCUUUGACCAGCAAGUGGAAAAAUACCAUAGAACCCUCGCUGAGGUACAGAGGCGAGUGCAGAAUGGCACCCUUGUUUGA